CUUCAAUCUUGACUUGACCCUUCGACUAGUAGACUCUACUACUCUUUUUGCACGUGCGUGAAAGGUCUCCGUUAUACCCUUUGCGAAAGCAUACCUCUUCUCUCAACAACACAGCCACUAAAAGGCCCAACACCUGGCUCGUCAUUGGUAAGGAACCAACCGUCAGCCCACCAUGGCUAAUGAUGAAUCCGAUGCUCUUGAUGUGCUUGAAAAGGAAGCCAAAGAAUAUGAUAAGGAUGCUGAGAUAGACCGUAUUCUGAAAGCAUUUAGACUUGAUGCCUACGCAGUUCUCGAUCUUCAACCCGGUGUACCUGAGUCAGACAUCAAGAUCGUUUAUCGAAAGAAGUCUCUACUAAUUCACCCCGACAAAACCAAAAACCCACUAGCACCAGAGGCAUUUGACCGACUGAAGAAAGCGCAGACCGCCCUGGUUGACGAAAAGGAGCGGCAACAUCUUGACGAAUGCAUUGCGGAUGCGAGAGAGUUGCUGAUUCGACAACACAAAUACACUGUUGAUUCCGAAGAAUUGAAGACGGAAGAGUUCAAGCAGGAAUGGAGAAAGAAGACGGUGGAAGUGCUGGUCGAUGCUGAGGCACGGCGAAGGAGACAGAUGAAAGCCCGGAUGCAAGAAGAGGGACGAGAGAAGGCCAAAGAAGACGCCGAGAUCGAAGAGAGGAAGCGGAAGCGUGAUCACGAGAAGAACUGGGAGGAGACGAGAGAGCAGCGGAUAGGCAGUUGGAGAGAUUUUCAGAAGGGCGUCAAGAAGUCAGAAGACCAGAAGAAGAAAAAAAAGAUGAAGGUCUUGGGGUGAUGGGUGAGUGUCGAGGGAUCGCUACUUGAGAGGGACUUGUAAUUGUACGAUAGACAUGAGGCCUGCGAUUUGAGGAAUAUGUCGACGAUAAUUGGUGUGUUGACUUGACUCAUACGAGCACCAAUGCAGCCAUUACCGUAUCCUGUAUGGAAGAAAAUGAGUAUACGAACAUCAAGCUGUA